CUGGGAUCUGUCACCCCCUCCCCUUCCACCCUGGCUUUUAGAGAGCACCUCUGUCACUCACCCCAUUACCUCUCACUCUACCCCCUGCACCCUUGGAUUUCUCCCCCCCUCUCCCUCAAUACAAAGGCAGGUGAUCCCAUCUGCCCCCCUCUUUGUGUUGUGUAUGCAGCUCCUGUGGAUCCUUCUUCAGUCAUGACCAUCUGAAUCCCCUCCAUCCAUCCAUCCAUGCAGGAUCUGGGAUAAGGACUCUUCUCCUUGCAGGCUGCCUGAACUUGCUGUGAAGUUGACUCUCUCACUAGUAUUAUUCCUAUUUUUUUUUGCUGCUUCAUCCUUGUCAUGGAUAUUGCAACAGGUCCCGAGUCCUUGGAGAGGUGCUUUAACAGGGGGCAGAGUGACUGUGCCAAGAUGCUGGACAAUAUUAAAAUGGAAGAUCACCCACUCAGGGCUGGCACUGCUACAUUAGGAGUUUUACUGGGCUCAGAGUGCCAGCACCAGGCAGUAUGUGAGGGCUGCCAGAGACCCAUCUCAGACCGCUUUCUGAUGAGAGUGAAUGAGUCCUCCUGGCAUGAGGAGUGUUUGCAGUGUACAGUAUGUCAGCAGCCUCUCACCACCAGCUGCUACUUCCGGGACAGAAAGCUCUUCUGCAAGCAGGACUACCAACAGCUUUUUGCAGCAAAAUGCAGUGGCUGUAUGGAGAAGAUCGCCCCAACAGAAUUUGUCAUGCGUGCCCUGGAGUGUGUGUAUCACCUGAGCUGCUUCUGCUGCUGUGUAUGUGAACGACAGCUCAGGAAGGGAGACGAGUUCGUACUGAAGGAGGGACAGCUUUUAUGUAAAAGUGACUAUGAAAAAGAGAAGGACCUUCUAAGUUCUGGGAGUCCAGAUGACUCCGAUUCUGUAAAAAGUGAUGAAGAAGAAGGUGACGUCAAGCCAGGAAAAUGCCAUGGGGGUCAGGGCAAGGGCAGUGAUGAUGGUAAAGACCCAAGGAGGCCUAAAAGACCACGAACAAUCCUCACAACGCAGCAAAGAAGGGCAUUUAAAGCAUCAUUCGAGGUGUCUUCAAAGCCUUGCCGAAAGGUCAGGGAAACGUUAGCGGCUGAAACAGGACUUAGUGUGAGAGUGGUCCAGGUGUGGUUUCAGAACCAAAGAGCAAAGAUGAAGAAAUUAGCACGGAGACACCAACAACAGCAAGAGCAACAAAAUUCUCAGAGACUCGGUCAAGAGGUCAUGUCCAGCCGCAUGGAAGGGAUGAUGACCUCAUACGCCCCACUGGCCCCCCCACAGCAACAGAUCGUCGCGAUGGAUCAGAACAGCUACAGCACAGACCCCUUCCAGCAAGGACUCACCCCUCCUCAAAUGCCAGGUGACCACAUGAAUCCUUAUGGUAACGACACCAUAUUUCACGAUAUUGACAGUGAUACCUCUUUAACAAGUCUCAGUGACUGCUUCCUGGCUUCUUCUGAAGUCAACUCCAUGCAAGCCAGAGUUGGAAACCCCAUUGACCGACUGUACUCCAUGCAGAGUUCCUACUUUGCAUCAUGAGGGCUUCCAUCUGUUUGUCCCCUACAAAAACAAUAAACACAAUGGACCCUUAGAGACUAUCUACAGCCAUAUCUGUGCAGUUCUCCUCCCCCAUCCACCCCAAUCUGAGCAGUGAGCAAACGUCCAGAACAUACCAAGCGAUUGGAUCAUCCUGGCCUCUGAGAAGUUUGGAAAAAGCAUGAGCAUCGACCUCAAUUUUUUUUUCCAUUUAAAGUGAACGAUUAUUGUAAAAAAAAGAAGGAAAAAUACAGCAUUUGUAUAGAAUCGUGUACAAAAUAGAUUUUUUUUCUCCCCCCUCCCCCCCUCCUAGAAUAUUGGAAAAACCGAAGCCACCGGAAAAAAAAGGUUUCCCAAGUCUCCUCUGAAACUGCAUGAGUGUCACCGUGAUGUGGAAUUAUCAAAUUUGAACUGUGACAAGUUAUUGUAAAUGUGACGUUUUAAACUAUUUUAUUUUUAUUAUUUUUAUUUUUUCUUUCUAUAUUUUUUUGGUUUCGAUUUUCUCCAUAGACAAGAAGGGUAGUUUUUAGCCAUUAUAUCAUAUGAGCAGACAAUGAUUUCUCAAGAGUCAUUGCCGUCACGGGAAAGACUGCAUGUUUUUUUCUGGAGAGAAAUCCAUUUUUUUUUUAAGUUAAUGGUCUUAUGUUCCU